UCUAGAUGCGGGUUAGCUAACCGGUUAGCUGUCUGAGCUACAUUUGCUUUUUUAUUCGGGGUAAAAAUUGACGAACAGCUCUGCCAUCCCGUUAACACCGGGUCAUCUUUACGCCGCCAUGCCGGUUCACUCCCGGGAGAAAAAAGAAAGUAACCACGAAGAAAUGGAGGUGGAUUUUCCCGAGCAGGACGGCAGCAGCACAGACGAGGAGGACACCGUUAGCUCAUCCGUGUCUGAAGAUGGAGACAGCUCGGAGAUGGAUGAUGAGGACUGUGAGAGGAGGAGGAUGGAGUGCCUGGAUGAGAUGACCACCCUGGAGAAGCAGUUCACUGACUUGAAGGAGCAGUUGUACAAGGAGCGUCUGAGCCAGGUGGACAUCAAGUUGCAGGAGGUAAUGGCUGGCUGUGCCCAGGAGUACCUGGAGCCUUUAGCCAACCUGCAGGAGAACAUGCAGAUCAGGACCAAAGUGGCAGGGAUCUACAGAGAGCUGUGUUUGGAGUCAGUGAAGAAUAAGUACGAGUGUGAGAUCCAGUCGGCCUGCCAACACUGGGAGAGUGAGAAGCUGCUGCUGUUCGACACUGUGCAGAGUGAACUGGAGGAGAAGAUAAGAAGACUGGAAGAAGACAGACACAGUAUUGACAUUACCUCAGAGUUGUGGAAUGAUGGAUUGCACUCACGGAAAAACAAGAAAAAAGACCCGUUCUGUCCCGUCAAGAAGAAGAAGCCUGUUGUUGUCUCUGGGCCUUAUAUUGUUUACAUGCUGCAAGAUCUGGACAUUCUUGAAGACUGGACUGCGAUAAGAAAGGCGAUGGCAUCACUGGGGCCGCACAGGGUGAAGGUGGAUGUUCCUGCAGUAAAGCCUGACAGACACCACCAUGUGGCGCGCUCUGAGGACGGUCGACUUUUCUAUGACAGCCAGUGGUACUGCAGGGGACAGGCCAUCUGUAUCAACAGGAAGGACGAGUACCCGACUAGUGCCAUCAUCACCACAAUCAACAAUGACGAGGUGUGGUUCAAACGACUGGACGGCACCAAGUCAAAGCUCUACAUCUCCCAGCUGCAGAAAGGCAAAUACACUAUCAAGCACUCAUAAAACCACACUGACACUCGCUCACACACAUACAGUACAAAGACCAUCAUUUCUGCCUCCUUCCCAUGUUGUAUCUUUCUCCAUGCUUGCCAUAUGUACAGUACACACAAACACACACACACACACACACACACACACACACUCUAACGUCCUAAAAAGAUUUUCACUCUUAAGCCUGACAAAUACACACACAGACACACUUUAUUUCACGCCCUCUUUGUUUGAGUAACAAAAAAGAAACUGUCCAGAAACAAACAAGUGUCAACUCAAGAAGAUGUUCUUCUCUGUAAAUAUGUAUAUGUAUGUUGAUAUUAUCGACAAGGUCACAAAGUGUCAUUCUCUCUGGAACGGAGAUCAAUGCAAA